AUGCCUAAGGUCUCUGUAAUAGCAGCGGUAUUGGUCGCCGUGGGUCUCCUAGCCUCAGGUGCCCACUCGAUUCAAAAGGUCUCGAGAAGCGGCAGAUACCUCUACACAGCGGAUGGGAGCAGGUUCUACAUCAGGGGUAUAGCAUACCAGGAGCAAGGUGCCGUGUCGACAAACGCUAACAACCCAUUUGAGGAGCCCGACAGCUUCAUUGACCCGCUUGCAAACGGUACCGCUUGCGAGCGUGACCUUACAUACCUCCAGCAGCUCGACAUCAACACGAUACGUGUAUACAGUGUAGAUUCGACGCUCAAUCAUGACGCCUGCAUGAACGCUUUUAGCAAUGCGAAUAUCUAUACCAUUAUCGAUCUGUCGCUUCCCGUAAACGGCUCUAUCAACCGUGAUACCCCGUCCUGGACUACCAACCUGCUUGACCAGUAUAUUAACACUAUCAAUGUGUUCUCCAAGUACGACAACGUCCUGGCUUACAAUGUCGGUAACGAGGUUGUGAUUGCAGCCAAUGAGACCUCCACUGCUGCUUUCGUCAAGGCUGCUGCUCGAGACACCAGGGCUUACCUUGCUUCCGUCUCCUCGUCCGCACUCGUCGGCUACGCCGCUAUUGACGGAGUCUCAGACUGGGUUGCCCCCCUCGCCAACUACCUGAGCUGCGACCCGUCGAACACCAACUCUGAUGCGACUGCCAUCGACAUUUUUGGCCUCAACAACUACGAAUGGUGCGGCGAUGCCACUGCAAGCGUCUACGACAACACCAACGGCGAAUUCGCGGGAUACAAUGUUGCGGCUUACUUCAGCGAAUUUGGUUGCGUGACCUCCCCGCCCCGUCUCUGGACCGAGGUUCAGGCGCUAUUCAGCAGCCCCAUGACAAACAUCUGGUCUGGCGGCAUCGCGUUCAGCUACUUCCCCGCCACUAGCAGCGCAGGUGAAUUCGGAAUCGUCAACAUCACCGCCAACGGUUCGGUCGCGACUACAGCGGACUUCACACGUCUCGUCACACAGUACGGCGAGAUCUCUCCUCCUAACAGCCCAUCGCAAUCCAGUGCGGGCUCGAGCAGCUACCCGGCAUGUCCGCAACAGAACUCGACAUUCCUCGCCUCCACAACCAUUCCAUCGACGCCCAACGAUGCUGCGUGCAGUUGCCUAGAGAACGAGCUGAGCUGUCAGUUCACACCCCAGACAUCGAACACGUCUACCAUUAUUGGCAACCUGAUUAACGAAGCGUGCGGGCUCCUCGCCGCUCAGGGUGGCAACUGUAACGACAUCGCCAGCAACGGCUCGACAGGCGUGUACGGGCGCGUGUCUGGCUGCAAUCCGUCCGUGGAGCUCUCCUACAUCAUGAGCGAGUUCUACGAGGCGACGAACCGCAACGCGCAGUCGUGCAGCUUCGGCGGGAACGCGACGAUCAACAGCAAGGCGCCCUCGGGCGUGUCCGCCAGCGCCGCCGCGAGUUCGUGCCUGUCGAACCCCUCCGCAACGUUCACGCCCAGCGCGCCGUCGACGACGCCAAGCUCCAGCUCGGGUUCGGGUUCAGGCUCAGGCUCCUCCGGCAGCGGCAGCAAGAGCGCGGGUGCGCGCCUCUCAAGCAACCACCAGGUGUUGCUCGGCAUCGUGCUUGCGGGCCUCUGCAGCAUCGCAGGCGGCGUGCUGACGCUGCUAUAA